AUGAACUGCUUACACUAUAAAAGACUUGUGUCUCUCUUACAAGGACUUCUGACUGAGUUGAACAGGACAUCCACAUAUCUGGGAAAUCAGAGCUGCACAGAGAAACUGCCCAGUGGGAACACCAGUAACGCUGCCUAUCUCUACAUCCUGCUGGUCAUGGCUUUUUACGCCUUUCUAACUGGGGUGAUUCUCGCCUAUACCCGCUCCCACAGAGUGAAAUCUGAGGAAGAGCCGAUCUCCAGCCGGGACUGCUCCGUCCGCAAAGCGAAACCUGGCGAGAAAGGCAACAGGGAGAGAGACACUGUCAGCUUGGAGACCGAGCAAUGA